AUGGAGCUGGACGUGGAAAAGGCCAAGGAGCUCAUCGACCAGAAGCUGGCGGAGGAGGAGGAGGAGGAGGAGAAGAGGCUGAAGGGCGAUGGCCCGCGGGAGCCGCCGGCCGUGGAGCGCAUGAGCACGCCGGAGCUGGAGGAGGAGAAGCGGCAGGGCCCCCGCCACAGGGGCAUCGAGGCCAUCAAGGGCCAGGAGCGGGUGCGGAGGAGCUCGGUGGACCUGCGCCGGGAGAUCAUCGACGUGGGGAGCAUACAGCGCCUCAUCGAGCUGCGCAAGCAGCGCCGCAAGCGCCGGGAGGAGCGGGCGGCCACCCCCGAGCCCCCGCCGCCGCCGGAGCCCCUGGAGAUCGAGGGUCCCGUGGAGCCGGAGACCUUCCUGCGAGCUGCCGUCCAGGGCAAGAUCCACGUCAUCGAGAAGUUCCUGGCGGAUGGUGGCCCCCCGGACACGUGUGACGAGUUCCACCGCACGGCCCUGCACCGCUCCUCGCUGGAGGGCCACACGGACAUCCUGCAGAAGCUGCUGGACAGCGGGGCCACCGUCGACUUCAGGGACCGGCUGGACUGCACCGCCGUGCACUGGGCCUGCCGGGGGGGGCACCUGGACGCCGUGAAGCUGCUGCAGGACCGCGGGGCAGACCUCAACCUGAAGGACAAGCUGCUCAGCACCCCCCUGCACGUGGCCACCCGGACCGGGCACCCCGACAUCGUGGAGCACCUCAUCCACUGCGGGGCGGACAUCAACUCCCCGGACAGGGAGGGGGACACGGCGCUGCACGACGCCACGCGCCUCAGCCGCUACAAGAUCAUCAAGAUGCUGAUCCUGCACGGGGCCGACAUGAUGGCCAGGAACCAGGCCGGCAAGACCCCGACGGAGCUGGUGCAGCAGUGGCAGACGGACACGCGCCAGGCGCUGGAGACCAAGGAGCAGCCGCAGGGGGAGGCCGAGGUCCCCGCGUGAUGGCGCCGGGCAGGGACCGGGGCUGGGCUCGGCGCCAAGGAGCGGGAC